CAAGGAGGUGGCAUUGAAGAUUUUGCAUAAAAGUCUCCCGUCAGUGCUGUUUUGGAGCUGGGUUUUUUAAGAGCUGCUGGACACUUUUGAAUGUAGCUGACAAUGUAUGAACCACUCAUCCUGCCAUGGCUUCUCUGUUCAUGUCUGUUAUCUGCAGUAACUCUGGCUGUGCUGUAUUUCACAAGGAAGAUGUACGGAUUUGUGCCAGGCGACAGAUCUCCUCCAAGCCUCCCCUCAUUGCCCAUCAUUGGGAGUCUCCUCAGCCUAGUGAGCGACCUUCCUCCACACAUCGUCUUUCAACAACUGCAGAAGAAAUACAGAGAUCUUUAUUCCCUCAUGAUGGGCUCCCACAAAAUCCUUAUCGUGAACAACCACCAUCAUGCAAAAGAGGUCCUGAUCAAAAAAGGAAAAAUAUUUGCAGGGAGGCCACGAACUGUUACAUCAGACUUGUUAACUCGAGAUAGGAAAGAUAUAGCAUUUGCUGACUACAGUUCCACAUGGAAGUUCCAUCGGAAAUUGGUGCAUGGAGCUCUUUGCAUGUUUGGUGAAGGUUCAGUUUCUAUUGAGAAGAUAAUUUUCAGGGAGGCGAGCUCUUUGUGUGAUGUGUUGACUGAAACCCAGAACAGCGCUGUGGAUCUGGCACCGGAGCUGACGCGUGCCGUCACAAACGUGGUGUGUGCUUUGUGUUUCAACUCCUCAUACAAACGUGGGGAUGCUGAGUUUGAGUCCAUGCUCCAGUACAACCAGGGCAUCAUAGAUACAGUCGCUAAGGACAGCUUGGUGGAUAUUUUUCCAUGGCUGCAGAUAUUCCCAAAUAAAGACCUCAGAAUCUUAAGACAGUGUGUUUCCAUCAGAGACAAACUGCUUCAAAAGAAAUACGAGGAACACAAGGUGGAUUACAGUGAUAACGCCCAGCGGGACCUCUUGGAUGCGCUUCUGAGGGCCAAACGCAGUUCAGAAAAUAACAACACCAGCACUCAAGAUGUUGGUUUAACUGAAGACCACCUGCUCAUGACUGUGGGGGACAUCUUCGGAGCAGGGGUGGAAACCAAGACCACUGUACUGAAAUGGUCAAUAGCUUACCUUAUCCAUAAUCCACAGGUGCAGAGAAAGAUUCAGGAGGAGCUAGACAAUAAGAUUGGAAAAGACAGACAACCUCAGCUCGGUGAUAGAGGGAAUUUGCCUUACCUAGAGGCCACUAUAGUCAUGAGGAUCCGACCCGUCACGCCCCUCAUCCCUCAUGUGGCACUCCAAGAAAACAGUGUGGGAGAAUACACUGUGCAGAAAGGGACCCGAGUCAUUAUUAAUCUGUGGUCUUUACAUCAUGAUGAGAAGGAAUGGAAGAAUCCUGAGCUGUUUGACCCAGAACGAUUUCUGAACGAGGAGGGUGAUGGUUUGUGCUGCCCAUCCGCCAGCUACCUGCCAUUCGGCGCAGGGAUACGUGUUUGUCUCGGUGAGGCCAUGGCAAAGAUGGAACUCUUCCUCUUCCUGUCAUGGAUUUUGCAAAGGUUCACCCUAGAGAUGCCCGCUGGCCAGCCUCUGCCCAACCUCCAGGGCAAGUUUGGUGUGGUUCUUCAACCUGAGAGAUACAAGGUCGUUGCUAAACUAAGAGCAGACUGGGAAAAAUUCCCACUAAGGCAGCACUGCUAAAUAAAUGUCUGUCUUUUCUACUCUGUGAUAUUUGUAAACAUUUUUGAUGAAGGCUACUAUCAAAUAUCACAAAUCAAACAUGACUAAAAAGCAUAUCUUGAGACAAUAUAGAUCCAUCUUCAACAGUAUUGAAUAAAGUGUAGCAGAUGGGUUCUGGAAGUAAAAAUCCGAUCAAUUUGCUCCACAGGGGAAUUGAUUUUUAACACGCACUUAUAAACCUUUACAGACAGACCUGCUGUGAGUUAUGAGGUUGUUAAUCAAUGGUAUACUGUAUGUUUUUCGUUCAAGCCAAUCAAUCUACAUUAUCAUAUAUAUAACAUAUAUACAUUGUUUCUAUAAACAUCAACAUUUUAUAUUUAUCCACCAUUUUUAAUUUAAUUAUGUUUGUUUAUUAUUUCCCUCAUUAAAGUGAAAUAGCGAGU